CCUUCACAUCUGGCUACUUUGGUUUUUCUCCAGAAGUGAAUACUGCAAAAAGCCUGAAGAAGAAUGUGAGAGGGGGGAGAUGAAGAAAGGUAUGUGAAGAAAAGGGAGAGGAAAAUAUUAUAAACGCAGCGAGAGAAAAAUACAAACCAUAGGAAAGAUGUGGGAAAACUGACCCCGAAAAAAAAUCCUGGUGGAAAAACAGUGAGUUAAACAGUAGAUUUCCAGGAAGAGACAGAGUGAGCAACAGAGAAACACAAACAGAGGAGCAGAAAAAUAGUGCCUUCGGGAACCAGCAGGUCACAGUAUGGCACUGUUCCCUUUCUGCAAGGCGUCAUCAGCAGGACCAAUCAGAGUGAGCAGAAUACAACUAGUCCUGUGCUGUUUUCUCCUGUCUCUUAUCAUAUACUACCUUCAUGGCAGCAGAGCUGCUGCCAGAGUGCACCCAGCUCACCCUAUAUUUCAUCCCUUGGAAAUGGACAGGGGGAGAAAAGUGACAGACAUGGAGGUGCUCAAGGGAGCAGAAUCGCAGACUCCUGCAGAGACACCAUGGGGUGCUCCCUUGGUGUGGGGUGACAGCCGCCACUCGGCAUCGUGCAGGGCUAAAUUUGCACAACGGGAAAUGCGCAUAGGUCUGCUGGUCUUGGUGGUGGGGACUUAUGCCCAGUUCAUCAGGCGUUUCCUGUACUCGGCUGAAACCUACUUUCUUCCUGGUCAAGUAGUCACAUACUACAUCCUCACAGAUAAUCCCCGCUCUCUGGAUCCUCCCGUCAAGCUGGGGCCUGAACGAGAGAUGAAGGUGGUUCCUACUGUCGAGGUGCCCGGGUGGGAAAGGCUGGCUCAUCGUCGAAUGACCCUUCUUGGUGAUGCCAUCCAAAAAUCAAUUGACAGUGAGACUGAUUACAUCUUCUGUGCUGAUGUUGACCAGGAGUUUGUUGCUCCUGUUAGAGCGGAAAUCCUUGGAGACCUGGUGGCUACACUGCACCCAGAACUCUAUGGGAUGCCAAGAAAUGCUUUCCCUUAUGAGGAUGAUGAAGGCUCAUCAGCUUACGUGGAGGAGGAUGAAGGAGACUUUUACUACACCUCUGAGUUUUACGGCGGGGCGGUAUCUGAGAUGUACAAACUUGCUCGCGCUUGUUCUUUGCUCAUUCUUCAGGACCACGCUGAUGGGAUAACAGCCAGGGGCCUAGAGGAGAGCUACCUGAACCGAUACCUGAUUGACCAGAGGCCGACCUGCGUGCUGUCCCCAGAGUACAGCUGGUGGGAUUCUGACCUGUCUGCUCAAGUGCCUGUACAUAGGCUGCUGUCCUUGGGAAGGCAAUGUGAGUCUUAUAAUGAUAAGCAGAGAGAAGAACACAAAUGUUGAUUUUUUUUUUUUAAUGAAAAAAAAGACCCAUAAAUCUACACAGAGGACUGUUUCUAUUGUUAUAUCUGACUGUGCUGUUAUGACAGGACAGAUGAUGGAAAGAAAAGAUAACGGAGGGGCACAUACUGCAGUUAACGUCACAAUUUCCAUUUAACUGUUUGUUCUAUAGGCCAAUAAAUGCAGCCUGCAAUCACACCAGAGCAAACUGCGCAAUCUGCACUGAAUUAAAGAUCCAUUUGGGGGAACGAUCCCCUGCACCUCCUAUCUCUGCCAGAGCAGACAAAAAGAAAUUGACCUGUCUCUUUAAAAGGAAAGUCCUGUCUACUCCAUUAAUGUCAGCCUCAGAGAUACUGCUCCAUUGGCUUUGUGGUCAGCAGCGAUAAGAGUCAACAGAGUAAGUGCACUCUUUUCCCCACAGUGGCCAAUCAUUAACUAGAAGAGCUGCUGUUUCAAGGUUUUUAAAGACCAGGUGGCUGAAAAUGGACGCAACAGGAUGCUGUCUGCCCAGAUUGCACGUGUCUAAAUUUGAGCUUUGUCAGAGUAAAUGUUUUUGAAAAUGUUUCAGGAUGUACUGAAUAGUUUCCACUAUAAGCUGUUUUAUGACUUGGAGUAAAAAGCAAACUCAAACGA